AUGUCCUCCCAAUACACCAGCGAGCCCAAUCCCACUGCGUCUGCCACCCUCAACACAACGGUUGGCCCUAUCCAGAUCGCGCUUUUCGCAAACCAGACCCCUCUCACCUGUAAGAACUUCCUCCAGCACUGCAAGGACAACUACUAUGCUGGCACAAUCUUCCAUCGGGUAGCCCCAGAUUUUGUGAUCCAGGGCGGUGAUCCCACUGGCACUGGCUCCGGCGGAACGUCUAUCUAUGAAUACCCGGAAUUCGAAUUUGACCCUGAAGCUCGGGACCCGGAAGAGCGGGUGGUUCUACGCGAUGAAUUGCACAGUCGGUUACGUUUCAAUCGACGUGGCUUGCUAGGAAUGGCCAAGAGCGAGGACGGGACAUACGGCAGUCAAUUUUUCAUCACGCUAGCGAACACGGAGCGUGAAAUGAAUGGACAAUGUACAAUUUUCGGGAGAUUGGAAGGGGACAGCAUCUACAAUGUGUUGAAGAUUGCAGACGCGGAGCGCAUUGCGGGCACCGAGCGUCCUGUUUAUCCAGUCAAAGUGACAUCCUGCGAGGUUGGAGAACUGGGGCCAUUGGAGGGCAAGUUAAAGGACAGACAGUCAGUCUCAACUGCCGGGAAGGCAGAAAAAGGCGCACCCAAAAAGAAGAAGAAGGCGACUAAAGGCGGGAAGACGCUUCUGAGCUUUGGAGACGACGGAGACGAAGAAAUGCCCAUGCGCCCAGCGAAGCCGAAAUUUAACACCAAUUUGGUGGUUGAUGCGCCAGAUGCAAAGCCCGAAAUAUCAAAAGCAAAACCCCGAGCAGAAGCCCUGUCGCAGCCGCGCAAACGGCCCCGGUCACCGUCCCGAGAUCGAUCACCAUCUACAGAGCUCGCCUGCUCGAUCCCCGACCCCGGAUGCCCCCCCUCAAAGGAGUCCAAGCUGUCACGGACAAACGCUCAGAUUGCCGCUCUAAUGGCAUCCAUGCGCCGUGACGUCGACGUCGGUCCUAAGGAAACAGGCCGAAAAAAAUCCGCCCUCGAAGCCAUGAUCCCCGAGACUUCAAUCCGAGGACGGAAACGGCCACCUCCAGGGACUGCAAAUGGCUCCAGUCGCAAUGGGACAGGGCCUAGUAGUGCCGCUGAGCGAGAAGCACUGCAGCUCUUCAACGCCUUCAAAGCCAAGCUCGAAAGCAAUAAACCCGAACCAACUACGACAGCAUCACAUAGCAAAAGUCACACCGACAAAGAGACCGACAAUCAAAAUGAAGAAGAAGAAGACAAAGAGACCCAACUCUGCGAUCUGCACUUCAUUGCAAACUGCCAGUCCUGCAAAGCAUGGGACGACCCGGAAGCAGAGGCGGACGACCCCGAACAACAAGAGGGAGGUUGGCUCUCCCACGAACUCCGAUUUGGGAAGGAUACCCUAGGUAAAGACUUGAACUGGAAGCGCGAGCAUGGAGGCGAGGCAGACUCACUUAUGGUGAUUGACCCUCGUGAGCGAGAGAAGGAGGUGAUUGGGAAAAAGCGAGGAUUCCAGCGCGAUAGAGAGCGUGAGCGUAAACGGGAGCGAGUGGGUGAUUUGGAAUGGGAUAAGGGGCGCUAA